CUGAUGACGUCAUGAUAUUUAAUUUGUUUUUGUAGAAUACAUCUUUAAUCAUUUAUUUUUCACUACCAAUUGUGUAUAAUCUGAAAUUACUAUAUCUAACUGUGUUGUGGACCCAACUAUAGCUUUAUCAAUCCUCCGCCGACAGCGUAUUCAAGGUUCGAAAAGUUGACCUAGAUUUGGCCCGGAAACUGUAUGUCACUUCCGCCAUUUUGAAAUGAAAAAGUAAAAAACUUUGGAAGUGGACAAUUUCGUACUUUUUAGCCAUAAAAGUAUUAUUUCAAAAUGUCAAGAAAUAAUGAAUCGCAUAACUAUAACCAAAGUUACAAAUUGGUGGUUGUUGGUGGAGGUGGAGUUGGUAAAAGUGCCUUAACAAUCCAAUUCAUACAAUCAUAUUUUGUAACUGACUAUGAUCCCACAAUAGAAGACUCAUACACUAAGCAAUGUGUAAUAGAUGAUGUAGUAGCCAGACUAGACAUUCUAGACACUGCAGGACAGGAGGAGUUCAGUGCAAUGAGAGAACAAUAUAUGAGAUCUGGAGAGGGUUUUCUACUUGUGUUUUCUGUAGCAGAUAGAAGCAGUUUUGACCAAAUCUACAAAUUCCAUAAACAAAUACUCAGAGUUAAAGACAGAGAUGAAUUUCCCAUGAUUCUUGUAGGCAACAAAGCAGAUUUAGAACAUCAAAGAAGGAUAACGCAUGAUGAAGGUGCCUCAAUAGCCAGAGAGUUAAAAAUACCAUACAUAGAAGCCAGUGCCAAAGUGAGAAUGAACGUGGACCAAGCUUUCUAUGACCUUGUCAGAAUAGUCAGGAAAUUUCAAGCUGAUGAAAGACCGCCAGUAAAACAACAUCGACGCAAGAAAAAGGCAAAGUGUAGAAUAUUGUAACAUACACAUAUACACAAAGCUGAAUUCUAGUGCUCAAACUUUAACAUAUGCUGCAUUUUGAUUGGAGGAUUUUAAGGCGUUCUAGUCAUGAAACAUUAUGUAGAAAUCGCCAGCUUUACCAAAAAUGGCACUUUGUGUUGAAUUAUGUAAAAAAAAGUACAUAAUAUGAGAGAUUGUCUAAACAUGAUACAAUCUUUCAAAGAAUUGUUGUUACAGAGAAUGAUUAUUUUAUUUUGUACACUUGCAAUAUAAAUACUUUUAGUCAGAUCAUUUUAUGAUCAAAGAAAUAUUGUCAAUGAGGUUUGUCCGGUGCUAUAGUUUUUAUGCUCAUUCAUUAAUGUUGUUACUACUUAACAGUGGCUGGGUCAAAUAUCAGUAUUCUCCCCCAGAAAAUGUUCAA